UGGUGCUGCUUCCUGUAGCUGACUCUCUGUUUCCAUUCUGGCAAAGUGUUUUGUUCUCUUUUCUCCCCGCUUUGGGGGUUGGGGGAAGAUGAGCUUCUCACGGAUCCCGCCGCCCGCCUCUCGGCAGGUGGCUCCGCGCCCCUCUCGCCGCCCCGACAGGGCAGAGACCCGGGCUGCUCCCUGAGCCGCCGCGCCGGGAGCAUCAACGCCGAGGCGCCCUCCCCUCCUGCCCUGCACAUCGUGGCCACAUCCAGCAAUUAAGGAAGAGUCAGGAAAAGUGGCAGGCAUGCUGGGUAGCUGAUGAUUGAUAAAAGAGGAAGCUUGGAAGGAGAAGCUGCAGCUGGAGAGGCCCCUGUGAGGAUGGAGGUCACCACUCAGACCCUUUCAGAAAUCAGAGGGAGAACCUCGGAGCCCAGCACUCUGCAGGUAACCCCCGGCGGCCUGGACAGCCCACCCCCCACCCAUGGCUGGGGCACGGCCCUUGGUUUUCCUCGCAGAGCUAAAGACCAGAGCAGCAACAUCUUUUCGGGGUUUGCGGGACUCCUCGCCAUCCUCCUGGUCGUCGCAGUUUUCUGCAUCCUGUGGAACUGGAAUAAACGGAAAAAGCAGCGAGUUCCUUACUUCCGAGUUACCGUCAUGCCCUUACUGACUCUGCCUCGACCCAGACAACGAGCCAAAAAUAUUUAUGACCUCUUGCCCCGAAGACAAGAAGAGCUGGGAAGACAUCCAUCAAGGAGUAUCCGUAUUUUCAGUACCGAGAGCCUCCUCUCCAGAAACUCUGACAGCCCUCCCUCCGAGUAUGUGCCCUCCCGAGCAGGCAAUGCCCUCCCCGUGCACGGAGCCCACGCUCACGCCAUGGGGUACGCGGUGGGCAUCUACGACAACGCCGUGGGGCACCAGAUGCAUGGACACGCCGCUCCCCCCGCGCACUACGUCAAUGUCAGAGCGCCCACAGGUUGCCCCAGCACUUCCUCAGAGGAUUCAAGGGAUUAUGUCAAUGUCCCCACAGCAAAAGAGGUUGCCGAGCAUUCAGCCUCCACCAGCAGUCCCCCUGGGAGCCUCUUUGUCUUCUCAGGUGCCGAGGAGCUGGAGUUCACUGGAGAAAGAGGGGAGGGCUGUGGGAAUGCCAGUGACUGCACCAGUUUUUGGUCUCCAGGAGCUGAGGACAGUGAUCCACUCAGCGACGGGGAAGAUUCUUCUCAGACCUCAAAUGACUAUGUCAACAUGGUCGGGCUGGAUCUCGGGGCUGUCCAAGGGAAGCAGCCCUGGGUGGCUUUUCAGUGCCGCAGAGAUUAUGAAAAUAUACCUCCGGCAGAUCCCAGUGGCAACCAGCAGCAGGAGGAGGAAGACAUGACAUCCUCAAAUGCAGACCAGGUAGCGAGCAGGACAGAUGGUCCAAGGACCCACACCCAGCCUGUCACAGAGUCAGGGAGUCUCCUGGCUUUGAAGGAUUGUGUGGCCUGUCAGUCAUCUGCCCAGAGUGAGAAGAGUCAGAUGGAGCCUGGAGGAGAGCUGUCAGAUGAAGACUCCAACGACUAUGAGAACGUGUGAGCUGCCAAGGUAGGAGUCAGGGACUCUGAGGAAGGGCCUGAAACACGGCUCCUUCUUCAUGAAUUGAGACUCAGGUACCCAGCUGCAAACCAUAUGACGUGGUCUAUCCUGCCAGAUUCGUAGCCACUGCAGGGUCUAGUGAAGACCCUUGAUCACCGUUAUAUUUCGGUGGAUUCAUUUGGUUAGGCUAAAAAGAGGCAGAAAUGAGUGGGAGCUAAGAGGCCCACAAAAGCAGAGGUUUGAGGAAGCCAGAAAGAAAUUCUUCUCAAGCAGGUUGCUGUUCUCUCUCGUAUCAGCUUAAGAAUGUUUGCUGAAACUGCCUUAUAGGACUGUUAGGAGGUGAAAAAUGGGAGAGUCCUUUAGCUCACAGUGGAUACAUGUAGUCCAAAAUCAUUGCCUUUACUGAUACCAGCAGGCUGCAAAGCCAGAAUACAGAUUAGUUUGUAAUCCAGGAAGAGGCAGAAGGAAGGAAGAAGGUGGGAUGGGGUGGGGGGACAACUUCCACUUGAAAAUGAGUGUGGACAACCAAAUGCGGGGGAAAACACAGAAUAAUAGGAACUCUCACUCAUUGCUGAAGGAGUUGCAAAGCAUGAUAGCAUCCACUCUGGAAAACUUGUUUGGCAGUUUCUUAUGAAUAUACACUUACUAGACAACCCAGCCAUUCCUCGAUUAGGUAUUUACUCAAGUGAAUGGAAAGCUUGUGUUCACACACACACACACACACACACACAAAACCCAUGCAUGACUGUUUAUAGCAGCUUUAUUCAUAAUUCCCAAAACCUAGAAAUAAUUCAGAUGUCCUUCAACAGGUGAAUGGGUCAGCAGGCUGUCCUAUAUCCACACAGUGAGUUUAUCCAUACUCAGCAGCAAAAAGGAGUAAAGUAUUGGUUCAUGCAACAGCAUGGGCAGAUUUUAAAUGCAUGUUGCUGAGUGAAAGAAGCUAGACCUAAAAACCUAAAUAUUGUAUGAUUCCAUUUCUAUGAUAUCAUAGAAUAGGCAAAAUUAAAGGAAUGGUGGUGGGGAGGGUAUAGCUCAGUGGUAGAGUGCAUGCCUAGCAUAUGCAUAAGGCCCUGGGUUCAAUCCCCAGUACCGCCAUUAGAAAUAAAUAAACAAAUAAACAAACAAACAAGCCUAAUUACCUCUAACCCUUCCCCACCCCCCAAAAAAUUAAAGGGUUGGAAAACAGAGCAGUGGUUGGCAAGUUUGGGGAAAGGGGAGCGGUUUAUAACAAAGGAGCUAUACAGGGGAACAUUUGGGAUGAUGGAGCUCUUCUGUGUGGUAUUAUGGUGAAGGCUUCAUGACUGUAUUUGUCAAAACAGACACACAUACACAAAGUAUAGGGCACAAAGAGUGACUUUUAUCGUAUGCAAAUUUUUGAAAAAUUCACCAAACUGUCAGGGGAACCCACGAUAAAAUGCAGAUUGUAAAAAAAAUAAAUCAAGCUGUAUUACAAAUGUUUGACAUAAUUUCACUGAUGGGAGUGGGGAAAGCAAAUAAGCUGGCCUAAUUAACUUUGGAAAACAGUGUUUCUCCUCGAAACUGUAAGAUAAAGACACAAAGAACUGGAACACCAGCACUGCAGCCUAGUUGGCCAAUUUGUAUCUCAUGGGAGUAUAGUUUAGCAAUUCUGAAACUAUUUAAAUGUGUACUUGGGUUGAACAAAUAAGUAAAUAUAUAAUAGGUAAGGAGAGGCAGGUCUCCUACUGUCAGAGAAAAGUGACAAUAAGCAAGUAGGAAAGGAAAUACAGACGUGUGUGCAUACAGGCUGGCAUACAUACAUAUUUCCUAACUGUCCAUUAGAUCAUCUGGAAGCAGUGAGCGCACUUAGCACUCAGAUCUUGGUUUCUUAACUUGGCACACAUCACCUUGACCAUGUGGUCAAGGUUAACUCACCAGUAACAAGUCAUGUUGCUGUAUGAUCAAGGACGUGGGUGCUUAACCUCUGUGGUAUUCUUCCCCCAAAUCCACAGCCCUAGUCUUAUCAUGAGAAGCAUCAGAACACUGGCUGACAUUUUACAAAUACUGACCAGAACACUUAAAAGUGUUAAGAGUUGUGAAAGACGAGGGAAGACUGAGAAGCUGUCAGACUGGAGGAGACCAGGGAGGCAUGACGACUAAAUAUAACAUGGUGUCAUGGAUGGGAUCCUCGUACAGAAAAAGAACAUUGUGGGGAAAAUGUGAAAUGAAAAAAAAAAAAAGAAGAAGAAGGUUCAUAUUUUAGUUAAUAGUAUUGUAUCAGUGUUAAUUUCUUGGUUUUGAUAAA